AUGGCUUUGGUUGAAGAGACAAAAAUAAUAAUUAAGCAAAUGAAAAGUGAGUAAUUGAACAAUAAAAUCAAAGGUUAUUAAAGAAAGAUCGAAAACUUUAGAUAAAUUCAAACCUAAGUAAAAGAAUUGAAAUUGUCAAUCAACAACACCUUGGAUAAAGUUUAGAGUAACUUAGAUAUUAAAAAUAACUCUUAUGGAGAAAGAGCUAGAAGAAUCAGAAUAAAAAACCCAAAUUACUACUUUUGAAGAAGAUGUUAAAGUUUUAUCAAAGAAUUACAAAGGAUCAUUUAGUUUUGAAGUUCCUAAGGAAUUCGAGAAAUCAAUGGAUAAUAAUUCUUAUAUAGAUUCAGUAUAAUAGUAAUUGUAAUCUAUAAUUAAAUGUCUUAUUUCAACUAAAUCAACGAAUCUUUAGAAAGCACUAAUGUGGAAGAAGACCAAAAAGAAAUAAAGUAAAUCUAAUGUCUCUCAAAAAAGGAGGAAAAUCUAUUGUAAUUAUUAUUAUAUUAUACAUUUAUAGAAAACUCCAAGCUUGAAUAUUUAAUGUAAUAAACAUGGAAAAGAAAUUAUCAUGUUAAAUUUAAAUCCUGAAAAAACUAAACUUUCAAGAUAGGCUUGUGUCGAAUGUAUAUAAUCAAAUGAUCCAAUUAAAUAUAUAACUUUAAGUGAUGCGAAUUUUAAAUGGAAUGAAUAUUUGGGAUAAACUAGUGAUCAAAUUAAACAAUUUAAGGACUUAAGAUAUUUUAAAUAAAGAUAAAUAAUUGAGACUCUUGAAGAAAUUAAAAAUAAGUACAAUUCUUCAAUUUCAGACGGGUAAACACUCAAUAUUCAAUUUUUUCUCAACAAGAGUCUAAUGAAUUUAAUGAAAAUAUGAUUUAUUAAAAGAAUGCUGAAUAAAUAAAUGAGUUAUCUGAAAUAUUAAGCUAGACAGAUAAAUUUUAAGCUUUAACUGAGAAAUAAUUUAAUAUAUAGAAGGAAGACUUUAAUUUAAUGGAAAUAAUUUCAACUAAUUUUCAAAAAUUAUUAUAAAAUGAUAUAUUGGUAUAGAAUAAGAUUAAUAAAAUAAUCAAUGAAUAUAAUUCCUAUAUUGCUGAAAUCAAGGUUUAAAAAAGUGAAAUUUGUCAAGAGGAAAAUCACAUUUCUAAUCAAUAAUCAAUUUAGUAAUUAAAUUUAUAACUUCAUCAUUUAUAAAUAUAUUAAGGUAUUUUGAAUGAAGCAUAAAAUUAGUAUGAAUUUCUUAUGAAAACAAUAAGUAACUUAUCAAUAGAAUUUAAAGAUUUGUAACUGUAACAAGUAUAGCUCUAUUACUAAAAAUUAGUUUAAUCAAUACGUAUCUAAGAUUGAAAAGGAUUUUUAAAUAAUGAAGAAACUAACAAAUUUUGAUAAAGUUGAGACUCUACAAAUCAAUCAUUUGUAUUUAUAUCCAUGUGUACAUUUAUAUAAUAAAUGUAAAAUAGAGAUAUUAAAUUAAUUAUUUAAAUGA